GAUCAAGGGGAUGGGGGUGUUCCAAUCUAGAAGCGUGCAGCCGGCGAGCAACAUUACAGAUCGAAUAGUCGAGAAACGAGAAGUUUAAACAAAACCUAAAUACACUACGUUUCGGUAUCUUGUGAUCACGUUGGUUGACACGUAGUCAACAGUGUUAUCGUGGACCAUACAGUGUUAUAACUAAACCUUGGUUUGCAAGAAGAGUUUUGUUAAGUGCGUAUUUUUGAACACUGUGGGAAGACGCAUUACAUAGCGUGAAUUCGGAAAAUGUCACUCGAUUUAAUAUCAAGUCUCGAUACUCGGUUUUUCGCGGACGAAAUCAGCUCACCACACAUCCCUUUCGAUUUAGAAAGCAGUUUAGGCUCCGAGGAAAACAUGAUGUGUUUAAGUGAGCUGACCAACGAUCCUAUGAUACCAUUUCAUCCAACAUACCAUGACUCGGAAUUCAUGGACACCGGUUUGAGCUCGGACAGCGAUUGUAAUUCAUACUCCGGUCUCCUUGAGUUCAAUUUGCAUCCCAAUACAUUGGAAAAAGAUUUUUCCAAGUUUGACUCCAGUGAUUUCCCUAAUCUUCUCGCUGGAGUUGAUGAAGAUAUAAAGCUGGAGCCAAUAUCACCUCUAGCUCACUCACCCCAACCUCUUUCACCAUUUGAAAAUGGUGUAACCUCGUUGUUCGGCGUUAAAUCCGAAAUACAGCCAAAUUUGGAUACGCCGCCCAUUUCUCCUCAUCUAAGCAACACAUCAAUUCCCUCGCAUCAUUCCAAUAAUGCAGACAUUAUUAAAGUCAUUACCAUUAAUGCAGAUGGUAACUUUCACCUGCCCAAGGAGACAAAAGUAAUGUUGGCUAAAAAUAACGUUACGAAUGUUUCGUCACCAUCCAUACAUUUAUCCAACCAACUUGGGACGAACAUCCAACCAAAACCGUUACCUGUUAACCCUAUGGUCAUUAAAGUCGUCACAAGUGGUGCUGCAAAUGGAAAACAGAAUAUUUCUGGUCAACCGCUUGUUCUUACCCCAGAGGAAUUUGCUACUUUAACACAGCAGAAUUCUGGCAAAUGCGCAAUAGAAGCACUUCCAGUCCAAACGCAAAAGCUAGUGCAGCCAUUAAAUAGUCGAAUACCAAGCCCGUCUGUUCACUAUUCCAAACCAAUUUUAUCCUGUUCAUCCCCGCCUUCAGGACAUUGCGAUGGCGAUGUGAAAGCUUUAAAACGACAACAGCGAAUGAUAAAGAAUAGGGAAUCUGCAUGCUUAUCACGCAAGAAAAAAAAGGAAUACGUAUCGUCGUUAGAAUCAAUGCUGUCGGAUUUGAAUCGCGAAAAUCAACAGCUAAAACAGGAAAAUUCAAUGUUACGGGAGAAAGUAGCGUUGCUGGAACGAGAGCGUGACAGUGCAACCAAAUCACACGGUAUUAGCCCUAAUACAAAGAAGGCUACCACUGCCUUUUGUGCUGUGCUAUUAAUGCUGUCGUUUAACGUGGCCACGUUUGGAAAAAGUUACAUGAAUCCAGGCGGGCCAGGAUUAGUAUUGCCAGAGGGAGUCAUGAAAGCUGAACCAGCCGUAGUUUUCCAACGUGGAGCUGGACGUACACUGCUGUGGGCUACCGAGGACAACCCUGACUUCGAUACUGGGAGCGAAAACAUGAGCCUGCCAAUGUGUCCAAUGCUUAUUAACAGUACCGAGUCAUCAAGAAUUGAUAGCGAGUUACGAGAUUGGUUCCACGCCCCAAGCCCUUCAAGUGUUCACAUACCCAUUUCCACAAAACCUGACGUCGAAGUAAAACACGAGUCACCAUCGAAACAUGAACUAGCAAAAGUAAUACCUCACUCCAAUGAAAUGAGCAGUACAGCUUACAGGAAAUACUUGCUAACUCAACGGAAUUCAGUAGUUCGAAACACUCAAGCUCAAUUGAUAUCGAAAAAUGAAAUUCAAAUCUACGAGGCAGUCCCAGAUCGAUACCUCUUCGCAGCCUUUUUCGAAGCUAUCCAGCGCAAAGAUGACACAUUUUACGUCGUCUCUUUCUCCGAUGAUCACCUUCUAUUACCUGCCACCGAACACAACAGUACAGUUCGACCACGCAUGUCCCUGCUCCUUCCUGCCAUGCCUCUUAAUCAGACGAUGCAUGCCCCCCGUGGUCAUAUCGCUAUGAUGCAGAUUGAUUGCGAAGUAACGAAUACGCGACUUCUACACAUUAGAGAAGAUUCAAUCCCGCCGUUCAUGUCCGAAGGAAACCGAACCGAGGAUCGGAGGCCAGAAACAGGGAAACGUGCGUGGCGGAAAAGCGGGAAAAAAAGCCAGCCAAAAGUGGGCAAUUUCAAUGCAACUUCAACUAGGAAUUCCAGAGGGUGAAAUCAACCAACAUGUUGGCGGGACAUCUCGUCACCCAGUCGGCUGAUCAAAACAAUUUUCAACAGAUCUCAAUUGCUGAAAAAAAUUUCCAGCUUGAACAGGAAAUCCACAACAGGGGAGUUUUCUCACAUCACACAUUCACAAACAGCUCGCCUAAGCACUCUUUGGUUCACGUUGUUUUUCAAUUAUUUUGAAUUUUUUUUUUUUACAAAGUCUUAUGACUACCAAAGACUGCCUUACCUUGUGUAGGACCGUUUUUCAUUUACGAGAGGCACAAGUUUAAAGUCACACCAGUUAUUGAGUUUUGAAUUUUUUCUGUUUUUACGUGGGUUAUGGUUCGGUAUUUUUUUUUUAUAAAAUACAUUUUCGUAAUUCUUUUUACUGGAGAAUAUGCGAAGUGUGGUGUGUAAACUGCAUCGGGGGCUGUUAGCGUGGUCAGUAAGACGACAGCUGACUUCUGAAAACAGUUUGGAAUCGAGUUCUGUUUUGGAAAUGUAGAGGAGAGGAGUAAACUAGCUCUAAACAGCAGUUCGGCGCGUCCUUCUUAUGUGGAUGUUUAUAAAAAGGAGAAUAAUUCGAAGAAUUUUUGUUUGCUGAAAUCCUUGUUGGCUAACCUGUAGUUC